AACAAAUUCGUGAGUAUUACGACGCAGUUAUCAGAAAAUAUGAUGGGCAUUCCCCACAACGUAGCUUAAGUCUACAAGAUAAACGUGAUUCAGGAGUUCCAUUACCACAUUUUAUAAAAUUUAACGUGACGCGUGGUACUCGUGUAAACACUGAACGUAAACAAGUAGAUAAGCGCGAGGUGCGCUGCGCGGGGCGACGUCAGUUGGCGCCUGCGCCUCGAGAGCGGACACAAGCACGCCGCCGCGGGUCGCCCGUACCAAGUCGUGCGGCACUUCCAAAGUACCCCACAGCCGCCAUGAGCACCCGCCAGCUGUGCCGGCUCGCAGCCGCGCGACCCCGCUCCCUGUGCACCUGCAGGCACUACAGCCAAGUGAGACCCAACUAUGUAAUAGUCAAACGUGAAAAAUGGCGCAAUUCGGCCCCCCACUUCUACUCCGUACAGUCCCUGGACCUGAACAGCAGAAUCCGUCAGUACUCGUUCGUGCAUAACAUCGACCCCAUAUCAGUUCGCGAAGGGCCUCAUAAAAACGCUGACGAUGUCCUCUUCGACAUGUUCAAAAAUGAAGACACAGGACUUCUGCCAGUCGGAAAAUUUUUGGCCGCCCUGAGGACAACCGGCAUUAGAAAAAAUGACUCUCGCGUCAAAGAAGUUAUGCACAAUUUAUACAAAGUGCACAAAGAUUCCAAUUUCGAGGGUGGCUCCCCAGAAACACUAAAACUAGACAGGAAGACUUUCAAAGAAGUAAUUGCUCCCAACAUAGUUCUGAUAACGAGGGCUUUCCGCAGUCAAUUUGUAAUUCCAGACUUCCAGGACUUUAUUAAAGACGUAGAAGAAAUGUAUUGGGCUGCCAAGAGUAACUCCGACGGAAAAGUAGCUAGUUACAUACCGCAGCUCGCUAGGGCCAGCGCAGAAAACUGGGGAGUGAGCGUUUGCACUAUCGAUGGACAACGAUUUUCCAUCGGUGACGUGAAUGUCCCAUUCACUCUACAGUCAUGCAGCAAACCGCUCACAUACGCCAUGGCACUCGAGACUCUGGGUCCCGACGUGGUACACAAAUAUGUUGGCACGGAGCCCAGCGGCCGCAACUUCAAUGAACUCGUUCUAGACUAUAACAUGAAGCCGCACAAUCCAAUGAUCAAUGCGGGCGCAAUUCUAGUAUGCUCAUUACUGAAGACCUUGGACAGGCCCGAAAUGACACUCGCUGAAAAGUUCGAUUAUGUCAUGUCAUUCUUUAGCCGACUGGCUGGCAACGAACCUCUGGGCUUUAACAAUGCAGUAUUUUUGUCUGAACGCGAAGCUGCCGACAGAAACUAUGCGCUUGGCUUCUACAUGAGGGAACAUAAAUGUUACCCAGAAAAAACUAAUUUCCGAGAGUGUAUGGACUUCUAUUUCCAAUGUUGCUCGAUGGAAGCCAACUGCGACAUUAUGUCAAUUAUGGCUGCCACCCUCGCAAAUGGAGGUAUCUGCCCAAUCACCGAUGAAAAAGUUCUUCGGCCAGACUCUGUACGCAACGUGCUCUCUCUGAUGCAUAGCUGUGGCAUGUACGACUAUUCAGGACAAUUCGCUUUUAAAGUGGGACUUCCAGCGAAGUCUGGAGUGUCUGGAGCCAUGCUCAUAGUUGUUCCUAAUGUUAUGGGCAUCUGCACAUGGUCCCCACCGCUGGAUCCUCUGGGAAACAGCUGCCGAGGCUUGCAAUUCUGUGAUGACAUGAUCAAGAGGUUUAAUUUCCACAAGUACGACAACAUUCGUUACGCGAGUCACAAGAAAGAUCCUCGUCGGUACAAGUUCGAAUCCACUGGCCUCAACAUCGUCAAUCUCUUGUUCUCUGCUGCGAGUGGAGAUCUCAGCGCACUGAGGAGGCACCACCUCUCAGGCAUGGACAUGACUCUGUCGGACUACGAUGGUCGUACCGCGUUGCAUCUGGCUGCAGCGGAGGGCCACCUCUCCUGCGUAGACUUUCUCCUCGCUCAGUGCGGAGUCCCGCACGACCCUCGUGAUCGCUGGGGCAGCCGCCCACUGAACGAGGCCGAAACUUUCGGACAUACCGCCGUCGUCCAGUAUCUGAAGGAGUGGGAACUCGCACACCCAACUGACAAGCCUGCGGAUGCGACAGCUUCUACUGUCGAUGACAUUUUAGAAGUCAAACCAGACGCCGAUGAUGCGGUAAAGGACCCGAGCAUCGAGGAGAUAGUGACCAGGAAUGGAGACAAAGAAAAGUAGAAUCUCAACUACUAGGAUGUAAUGAGAUGAUCUCGUGACUACGCAGUCACUUUAAUUACUUUUGAAAGGCAAUUCUGUAUCGUGCCUGGUAACUGUAUGAAAAUGAUGAUUCAUUCUCUAGAUGGUUGCUAAUACCAAAAUAUCAGGUACCGUAUAUUUUGCGGCACUCGAUACUGAGUUGACUUUGGUAGAAAUCAAUUGAUGUAUUCUACAGUACAUAUUGAUACCUAUAUCUUAAUUUAAGUAGAAAAAUAUAAUGCAUUUCACGUUUGGACAGCUUUUCUCGUGAAUAUUUGUAAUUUUUAUGAUGUUCACUUGCGUAUCCUGACUAAAAUGGUAUUUUGUAUUCAUAUUAAUAUGAGAAAUUCAUAAAUGGAUCGUAGUUAGUUAUGGAAUUAUUGGAGGGUUGAUACUGUAUAGAAUAAGCUUUGACCAGCAUGAUUGCACUGAGCUCAAAGGUGUGAUAUUAAAAUAACUUGAAUGGAGAAGGCAACAUCUUGGGAAAGAAUCAGUAUGUGGAAGAGAUGCUUAGAGAAAUAAACUCAGUAUAUUGAGAAGAAAUUUGGGAAAUGUUACCUAUUUAGUUAUAAGUAGUGUUCAAAGCAUAC